AUGUUUUCGUUCAUUGACGUCAUGACCUGUCCGUGGAAACAAAGUGAUGGCGAUUGGGAAUCAUUGAUCCGCAGGGGUGGUCAGUGGGCCGGCCGGGCUCAAAAAUGGAAAAUUACAAACGGGCCGGGCCCGUCACGGGCCGGGCCGGGCCGCGGGCCUGGGGUUUUUUCCGGCCCGGCCCGGCCCGUCUAAAAUACAAUGCCAAACCGUUGGCAUUCAUUGUUUUCGCGCCGGGAAAAUUAAUUGAUGUUGUUAUAGUUGCUCUUUCUCAAGUUCUAAAACGUUUACAAGUCUAUAGUUCCAUUAUAAAACCACAAAACUAUCACACUGAUCCUUUACUAGCUAUAUCAACGCCUUUUUUGCCUAAGUUUAGAUCCCAAGCUUGGGCGCAGUUCGCAGAACCCUCUAUAAACGGGCCUGCACGGGCCGGGCCGGGCCAGGCCCGUCACGGGCCGGGCCGGGCCUGGAAAAAGACUAGACGGGCCGGGCCGGUAAUUAGACGGGCCGGGCCGCGGGCCGAAAAUCGGAAAAAUAGGGUCCGCUGACCACCCCUGAUUGAUCCGCAAUUAUUUUUGUUUGGGUCAAGUCUUGCAGAAAUGAGUCACGUCUAACCCUCAGAAAAUUUUUAUUUUUUUGCUACUUCUUGCGGGUGGUAAGAAGUUCUGCCAUUUCUAUCACAGGGUAAGUCUUAUUACAUGAUAGGUUUGAUUUUUCUAUGUUUUUUCAUAUGAACUUAUCAGGCGAAAUAUAUAGAUGAUGAAAAACGAAGUUUGGGAGUUGGAUUGUAGAUAUAUGCUUACCUAAACAUAUUCUUUCUUUUUGUAUUAUUAGUUUCACACGUCCUAGUAACCCCGCAGAUGUUUAUUACGCCUGGAAAAUGAUGUCUAAGUUUUUUUGUACUUGUUUUUGUUUAUUUUGAGUUACCAGAAAAUAUUGUUUAUGUGUAAAGAGCUUUUUUUCUGUUUCGCAACGGAUUUUGUUUUGUUGCCGUUGUUUUUUAUUUUGUUUCUUUUAGGAGACAUGCGGUUCGCAGUGCUCAAUUGUAUAAAAUGCGGGUUGCUGAAUCUGCCAUCUUCAUCUCAGGGAAGGUAAGUUUUUUUUCUGAAAAUGGUGCAAUAUUUAUGUUAAGGGCAUUUUGCACACUUCAAAGAUAUGGAGUAAUCACAACAAAAAGGGUCCCUUCUUCCACUGCCAGGGAGUUCUUUCGCCAGUUGAGUACAGUAGACACGAAGAGGGCAUCUACAAAGCUGAGGAAUGCUUCUUGGAAGGAUCUACGGAGGAUAUUCAGACUAGCCGUUCCGCACAAAGGCAGGAUCUUCCGUAUGUUGUGAUCCACAUGAUAUAUUUUUGUUUAGUGGGGUUGUUCUUUAUGGGAGUUGGUUCCUCGAUUUUCCUUUUUAUUCCACGAGUUCUGGGAAAGUUGAUCGAUGAGCACGAUCAGUCUAAAACGCAGCCGGACGAGGGAGAUGUUGCGUUGAAGCUUGCUAGAUACUUUAAGGAAAAUCCUUGGGCUAUCGUGGCUUUGUUAUUUGUUGGAGCUGCAGCGAUUUGUGCUCGAGCCUACUGCAUGCAUACAGCUGGUGAGCAAUACGUCGUUUUAUGAUAGUGUUUAGGCCAAUUGGUGAUUAAUGACCUUAGGACAAAGGUUUUCAACUCUGUUCUACGACAAGACAUGUCAUUCUUUGAUAAGAACAAGGUCGGCGAGAUCGUCAGUCGACUUUCAACCGAUGCACUCAUCGUUGGGUAUUCUGUUUCCACCAAUCUGAGUGAAGGCGCCCGAGCUCUUAUUACAUGCAUUGGAUCAGGGUCUCUUAUGGUAGUGUAUAGAAUUUGGAUUCAGUUUUCUUUUAGGUAUACACAUCACCCAGUCUUUGCAAAGUUGUUGUCUUUGUUAUACCUUUCAUUGUCGGGACGUUCUAUGUCUUUGGAAAGUUGCAAAGAAAGUACACCAUGCAAAUGCAAGAGGCGGUUGCAGCGACAAAUCAGGCAAGUCAGCACAGUAAUCGUCUUACCAUUAUUUAGGUAGCAACUGAGCGUCUGUCUAACAUUCGGACUGUCAGGAUGUUAGUGGCUGAAGCAAAAGAAUUGGAGACAUACAAGGAUAAAAUUCAGGCAAUCUGGAGGAUAUCUAAGAAAGAAGCCAUCGCCAAAGGAUUAAUGUUUGGAGGGGUAUGCGUUUUUCCAAUGAUGUGGAAUUCCUUAAACUUUCAGUUAACAAAUUCUGUUUCAGUUCCAAUUCACAGGCUACAUUUCGCUGACGACGAUCUUGUUUUAUGGCAGCAGUUUAAUUGAUAAGGGUCUUCUGACUUAUGGGGAUCUCUCGUCUUUUGGUCUAUAUGCCCUGCUUUGCGCCGCAAGUCUAUCAAAUAUGAGUGGGUUCUACAUUGAGAUCAUGAAAGGAUUGGGGGCCAGUUCAAGACUCUUCGAACUGCAAAGCCAGAAGCCGACAAUUCCAUUGACCGGAGGGUUGAAAAUCGAAGACAUUACAAGAGAGAUAAGAUAUGAGGGAAUAGGGUUCUCUUAUCCCAACAGAGCCCCUCUCUUCAAUGAUGUUACAUUCAGGAUUCCAGCUGGAAAGAUUACCGCAGUGGUCGGGGCGUCAGGAAGUGGAAAGUCAACAAUUGCAAAUCUUUUGUUAAGGUAGUCAUGUAAAUAUGUUCUUUUUACUAUUGCUUUUUAGACUCUACGACCCCAGUCAAGGCCGAAUUACAGUCGAUGAUAUCGAUCUUAGAGAUUUGGAUGCAAGUCACUGGAGACGAAUGAUAGGUGCUGUCGGUCAAGAACCUGUGCUUUUUUCAACUACCAUCUACAACAACAUUAUUUACGGCUGCGAACAUCCGGAGAAAAUCACGGAAGAAGAUGUUUACGAAGCCGCUGAAACAUCGAACUCAUUGGAGUUUAUUCGUUCGUUUCCUCAGGGAUUUGACACAAUUGUUGGUGAACAGAGUGCAUCGAUGUUAAGCGGCGGUCAGAAACAAAGAAUUGCCAUAGCCAGAGCCCUGGUCACAAAACCUAGACUUCUCAUCAUGGACGAGGCUACGAGUGCAUUGGAUGCGACUUCAGAAUACUUGGUCCGCAAAGCUCUCAGCCAGCUCUUGGAGAAUAACAAACAGACGGUACUAAUCAUUGCUCAUAGGUAGGUCAUAUGACGGUAUAGUAACAAUACUUUCAGGCUAUCCACCAUCAAACAUGCCGACCAGAUCGUCGUUCUAGAUAGAGGCACCGUAGCCGAGAUAGGGACGUUUGACGGUCUGAUGAAGCUGGAAGAUGGAGUCUUCCGAGCCCUGGUCGACAAACAGACCAUAGGAUGGAGAGAUGACCAAUUCUGA